AUGAAGGGGCGAGGAGGAGGAGGAGAGAGGAAGAUGUCUCUCCGGUGGGUCUUCCUCCUCUGCAGCUCCUGCUUCCUCCUGGGGAUGAUCUUCACAGACAGGUUCGAUUAUUUUCGGCGUCUCUCUCUCAUCCUCUGAAUCAUUUGGGAGCUUCUGAAUCAUUUGGGAUCUCAUUGCAGGUACUGGGAAGGUCCGGCGGAGUCCGGCCAGCAGAUCAUCUCCCGGCGGCGGCAGGACCAGGAACUCCAGGCCAUCUCCGAGGACUGCGGCGCCAGGAAGGUCUGAUUGAUCUUCCUUCCUCCGCCCACCACACAAAUACCCAAAAUAGAAAUUCCUAAUUCGAGCUUCAUCUGAUCCAUCGUCGUCUUCCUCCUCCUAACUUCUUCUUCUUCUUCUCUUUCUUCUUCCGAUACCAGAAGGACACGCCGGAGAAGGACAUAAUGGGGGAGGUGACCAAGACCCACGAGGCGAUUCAGUGGGUGCCAACUCCUUGAUUCAAGAUUUCUUCGCCAAAAAAUUAUACUUUUAGGAGUCUUUAACAAGAUUUCUCCUGAUGGGUCCUUUAGAUCUCUGGACAAGACCAUAUCCACUCUGCAGAUGGAGCUCGCAGCUACCAGGAGCUCCCAUGAGAUUGGUCUUGGCGUGUCCCCCUCGACCAGCGGGGACAGCCAGCCUAGGAAGAAGGCUUUUGUUGUGAUCGGGAUCAACACUGCGUUUAGCAGCAGGAAGAGGAGGGAUUCCGUCAGAGGAACCUGGAUGCCGCAAGGUAUUCUAGCAGUAUUACUUUUGGUUCACAAGUUUAUCCCUCCUAAUUGUUACCUUCAAAACUUUGAUUGGAUUUUUAGGCUGUUAUCAGCUUUAUUGAAAAACAUGCUAGCAUACUUUUUUUCAAUCUACACCAUGGCUUUUCUGGAUCAGCUGCCAUUGAUUGCCUGGUAAUUGCGCCCAAAAUAAGCAAAGAGAAGCAAGUCUCCAGAUAGAAAAAUAAAUAGAUAAACAAUGCAAAAGCACAGUGAGAGCUUGGUCUUUCUGGAUUUUGAGAAGGGUUUGCAUCGAUCUGGUGAUGAAGCUCCAAGCUUUUAUGUAAUCAUGAACUCAGCCUCAACGAAGGGCUACUUGGAAGGCCCUGGAGUGUUUGGAGUCAUCUGCCGUUCGAUCCAAUAAAGCUAAUAGGAUCAGGGCGCAAUCUGUUUAACAUUUAAAGGAAGUGAUUUAAUGCUUAGCAGAAUGAGAUAUCUCAAUGGCAGUCCAAAUAAGUAGAUAUUGUUCAGAAAAUAAGAGUGGUGAUCGCUAGAAUUGAGAGGACUUGAUUGAACCUGAGGUUUUUUUUUUUUCAAAUAAAGAAAAAUAAAAUUUUCUGUUCUUGGGGCAAAGUUUUCUAGUGGCUCAACCUUGACUGAACCAGCCUAUUUAUUUAGGUGAUUUAUCUCUUAAUUUUUUCAAAUAGGAUAGUCUUUCUCGUCAUGCUGUGGAGUUUGAAUAUGAAUCUUUUGCUUAUGGCAUAUCUGCUUUCUUUGCCCAUUUAGGAGAAAAACUUCAACAGCUGGAGCAGGAAAAAGGAAUUGUGGUUCGGUUCAUGAUUGGCCACAGGUAAAUUGCCUCUUAUGUAUUAUUUUUGCAAUAAUUAAAACCCUGGAAGGCAGUUUUUUGUGCAUUGCCAAAAAAGAUUGCUUUCCUUUUAUGUGUUCUAUUUGUGGUAUGAUGGGUCAUCUUUUUAGGCAGAUAGAUUGAGGAAAAAAAGGCUUCCAACUUAUUUUAAAUUAUUUCUCCAGAUAUUAUGCCUCCCCCCACCCCCACCUAGAGAAUAAGAAAGCCUAACGAGACAACUCUCAGGUUUUUGAGCUUUGAAGAUGGGCAAUUGAUCCAGAAAUGGACCGGAUCGAAUUUUUUAUAAUUAUCUUUGAUUCUAGAUUAUAUAAUUUAUUUCGAUGUGUCAGUCCUGAAUCUGCUUUUGUCAGCAUGAUUAAGAGAACUAGAAAACUGAUAUAUAUAUAUUUGAUGCAGUGCCUCAUCGAACAGCAUUCUGGAUCGAGCUAUUGAUUCUGAGGAGGAACAGCAUAAGGACUUCCUUAGGCUGGUAAUUCAGUGUUCUUUUCUCAAUUUAUUCAUUUAUCUACUUUUUUUCAAGAGCAUUGCAUUAAAAAGUAACCAACUUUUUAUCUUUCAUGACUCGAUUUUUUUUUUUUAUCAACCAGGAGCAUGUUGAAGGAUACCAUGAGCUCUCAGCAAAGACAAAGAUAUUCUUUUCUACGGCAGUUGCCAAAUGGGAUGCUGAUUUCUAUGUGAAGGUGGACGACGAUGUCCAUGUGAACCUUGGUGACUACAUGAACGCUUUUCUUUUUUUCUUUUUUUUUUUUCCUUUUUGUCUUGUUUAGCCUCGGAAUUCCUGACAUUUUGGGCAAAUUAUUCAGGCAUGCUAGCCUCAACCCUUGCCCGGCACAAAUCGAAGCCAAGAAUUUACAUCGGGUGCAUGAAGUCUGGGCCAGUCCUUGCCCAAAAGUAAAGUUUUUUGGACUUUCCAUGAUGAUUGAUGAUGUUAAUUUUUGUUAUUUUCUCAUGUUUAAAUGUGAUGAUUAAAUUCCCAUGGUUCAAUAUAAAUGUAUUCCCAUGGCGCACAAUAAAUCAGGGGAUUAAAGUUGCCAAUCUGUUCCUCUGUUAGAGAUGCUAUGCCACAAGAACAUUUGCACUCCAAUGAACCCAUCUGAUCAAUCUCUUUUUCCCAUUUUCCAGGAACGUAAAAUAUCACGAGCCAGAGUACUGGAAGUUUGGGGAGGAUGGCAACAAGUACUUCCGGCAUGCAACUGGGCAGAUUUAUGCAAUCUCCAAGGAUCUGGCGACAUACAUCUCGAUCAACCAGUACGCUGAUCCUCUGAAACUCCCUCAAUUUUAUGAGCUAAAGGUGCUCCAGUUUUCCUUUUUUCUUCCUCCUAAUGAGGUAAAAUCGCCUAAUUUGCAGACCCAUAUUGCACAAGUAUGCCAAUGAAGAUGUUUCCCUCGGUUCCUGGUUCAUUGGCCUGGAAGUCGAGCACAUCGACGAGAGGAGCAUGUGCUGUGGAACCCCCCCGGGUAAAUGAAUUAAUUUUCUCCCUUGUUAUCUCAUUGCUCCUUCUGUUGCAUAGAUGAUGGCCGUUCCUCUCCAAAACAUCGUUGGCUAACUCAGCUUCUUCUUUCAGACUGUGAGUGGAAGGCACAGGCUGGCAACGUCUGCGUUGCGUCCUUUGACUGGAGCUGCAGCGGGAUCUGCAACUCAGUGGUUAGGAUCAAGGAUGUCCACGCCAAGUGUGGCGAAGGAGACGAAGCUGUCUGGGGUGCCUUAUUAUGA